AUGAGUCGUAGAAAUAAUACUGUUGUUGCUAGACAUCAAGGCAAUAGAGCUAAUGGAGGUGGCGGAAUGGGUGGAAGAUUCAAUGAGUUCGACAAUGAUUUUGGAGCUGUUUAAAUAUUCAAUAAUAAUCGUCAUGAUCCCUUUGAAAAUAUGAACAAUAUAAUGCAAAAUUUCGGCAUGCCUUAAAUGAAAAUGAUGAUGCCUUUUGGAAGAGAUGAUCCCUUUGCUAAUGAUCCAUUUUUUAAUGGAGGUGGAUUCGGUGGAAUUGACAAAAUGAUGAAGAAAAUGUAGAAGGAUAUGAAUAAUGCGAUGAAUAGUCAAUCAUCAAUGAUGUCAAUGAAUAUUGGGGAUGGAGGAUAGAGCCAUUUCGUGAAAUAAACCUAUGUGAGUUCAACUAAGCUUGAUUAAAAUGGCAGACCAAUAUAGGAAAAAUAUUAAAAUAAAGUGGCUGGGACAAUGGGAAACGGUAAUAAAGUAGUAGAAAGAUAGUAAAUGUAUGAUAACUCAGGUACAGGAUUGACUAAAGCAAGUCAUGAGCGAAUGCUUAAUGAUAAGGGUAGAAAAGUAGUCAAAGAAAAAUUAGGUGAUCAGAUGAAUACUUAUGAGCAUUAUAAGAAUAUGAGGGAUGAUGAGGGUUCUCAGUUUGAUUAGUAAUGGAAUCAAAUGUCAAAUUAACUUGGCUUUAAAAGUGGAUCAUCUAACAACAGAUUGGGGUAUGACAAUGGUAGAAUGAACAAUUCAAUGCAACAGAGAAAUCUAGGCAGUGGAGGAAGUUUAGCGAUUGGAUAUGAUGAUAAUAGAAGGGGAGCUUAUGUAAAUCCUUAAGAUAGAAAUUAAAAUGCUCCAGUUAUUAUGGGAAGGGGUAAUCCCCAGAUUGACAUUGCCCCUACCCUUCCUUAUGGAAGAAUAGCUGGUGUAUAAUAGAAUGUAAGAGGCCCUAAUCCAAGUGGAAUUCAAUAAAACUAGCCUCUUGCUAUCACAGAUGGAUCAAGACCAUAAUAACAAAGAGUAGCACCCUAAAUAUAGUAAUAAGCUAGAGUAUAAAGCAACAAUUUCAUGGCACCAAAAGCCAAGGGACCAGCUAGAGCCCACUGA